AAACGAUGCUUUCUCCUGGUCGCCAUUUUUUUAGUAAAUGUCUGGUCUACAUUCGGACUUGAAAACCCGUUACACCGGAUGCAAACGUGUUGUGCGCUCCGCUGAUUACCGGUGGUGGCUCAACUUAAAUAAAGCAGACCAUGUAAUUAAUCCACGCAUCCAUUAGAAAGUGUAUACGAAAGCAUGCAAGAUACAUACACAGCAAAAGUUGCCACCACGAUGUUUUAUACCCGAAGAUUUUUCCGCAUCUAUCGAGUUAUCAGUUUCGUAUAACAAAAAAUUACAGUCACACAGUGUUGUAGCCGUGCGUUGUCGGAACGGCGAUCCAAAGUUACUGUUGGAAUGGUAAUAUUAUCCUGAGCGCGCUUUUGAUGUAUUAUUCAGAAUCUCGUUAAUUAACAAGCCGGAUGUAUAAAAUGUGACCUGUAUACCGUGUAAAUAGUUCAUUUUCACAAGCAGUUCCUUCGAUCUGCCUGUACCAUGGGCAUAAGAAGAUGCGCCAUUGCUGCAGGAUUUUUUAUUAUAAUUUUUUGCUUGACUUCCGGUAUCGGUAGCAGUAAUGCCGCCGAUUUGUCGUCACUGCCGAGCGGGCUGUCGGAGAGCCUAGCAUCGGUGUUAGACUGUAAUGUCAACGGCAAGAGCGGUCUGUGUGUGCCCAGUGUGCUCAAGGAUGUGGUAUGCACACCGCUCGGAUUUCAGUUUGCACCGGAUGCCAAAAUUUGCGGAAGUGAUAAUGUCUGCUGUCAUUCCACGGUGGACAGUAAACCUACCAGCGCAUCUCCCAGUGUUACCACAGCGGUGACUAUCCCACCUGCGGUACCCGAGCAGGCUCAGAAAGGCAGCGCCUCCAUCCUCCUCCUUACUGCCGCCAAACCCGGCCAGCCUGCAUCUUCCGGUCCCAUCACUGACCCCAUCAAAUCACUAACCAGUGUCCAGCUCAACGCCGGCUCCGACACUCCGCCCAGCAAUGCCGACAAAGUUGCCAAUAUCCCCCUCAUCAGCAAACCAUCGACCGACAAAGACAGUGGCAAACCACAGCCCUUCAAUAUUCCGGCCAGCUUAUCAGCCUUUCUACCCAGCGCUAACCAGGCGGGUGACGAUGAUGACGGGGAUGCGGCGCCCACCAUCUCCAGGGUCACCAAGAAGCCGCCCGGUGCCCUGGGCCCGGUUAAAUUGUGUCGCGUGGGGAGUUCACAGGGAAUGUGUGUGAAGAGUGAUCUGGUGAAAUCGCUGUGUCUGCCUUUGGGUUUUGCCACCAGCCCGCAAGGAUGCAGUCCGAAUUAUAUGUGCUGUUUCACACCGGACCCCGAUGAUAAUAACAUCCCCACGGUGCCACCGGAGCCGGCAGCCAAAGCGCCGGUCAAUAAGCCCAAUAUACCGAUACCCUCAAUAAAAAUAACGAACGUGAAAGAUUUGCCCAUAACCAAGCCGGUAAAACAAACUCCGGUCUCCGAUAACCCCACAAGUAUGGAUACAUGCAGUCCUAGCAAUGGUCAACCUGGUUUAUGUAUCCGUUCCGACAUCGCCCCGAUGGUCUGCACACCACUGGGUUACGCAAUCGGUGACCGUUUAACCUGUGCAUACGACCGCGUUUGCUGCUAUCUGGACAAAUCCAAACUCCCGACGGACGCGACUAAUCAAGCACCUUCGCCAACUCCCAACACCCUGCCGGUUUCCGCUACCGGCCCCAAUCCCCGCCCGUGCCAACUGGGACCGGGUAUUAACGGUGUCUGCGUGCCUGCUAAUUUAAUCCAAUCCUGUCCGCUUUUUGGCAAGAAAGUGUCGGCGUUUGGUUGUGCCACCCGGCACAUGGCUCUACCAAAUUAUUGCUGCUAUGAGGAGCAGCGUAAUGCGGCCGUCAGUUUAGACGGGAUUGGCUCGGUGCGGAAGAAACCCCUGCCGGAUGAUCUGGAGCCCAUGCAGCCGUUUAUCUCCGUGGCUGGAGCGGAGACGGUGCCGCGCCUGGAUUCCAUUGUAUGUGGACGGAAGGGUCUGACGGGAAUUGAACCGCGGGCGCUGGCCCGGCGGGCCAAGAUGCUGGGGUCACAUCCGACACUCCCCGGGGAAUUCUGUUGGCAUGCGGCGCUUUUUGAUGCUGAUGGGAAACCGUUUUGUAAUGGAGUGCUACUGCAUCGGGAGUGGGUACUGACGGCGGCGCAUUGUGUUAAACGCGUCCCUCCGGCAAAAACCGUUGUUCGUCUGGGAUUGUGGGCUCUGAAUGGCACUACCAGCUCCGUUCCGAAUCCCAUACUUCCACCUGCUCAGACAUUCCGUGUACUGGAGGCCUUCGUCCACUACAGUUACGACGCGGUGACCUUGGAUAACAACGUCGCACUACUUCAUCUGGACAACCAAGCCGAUUUCUCCGAACCACAAGUGUGCCUGAUCUGUCUGCCGUCGCAGGACAACUACGAUGGUUCACGGUGCACCGUUAGCAGCUUUUCCGCGGCCGAUGGGAUGACCUUUGGGCCAGAUUCCGUGCUGAGUCAAGUGGAUAUGAAUGUCAUGAAUUCCAGUGAUUGCGAAGUGGCGCUAGUUAAUACCGGGAAAUUGCAGAACAACUUCCGGUUAAAUGGUGAUGUAACGUUAUGUGCAAAGGGAAAUCCGAAUGAGGAUACGUGUCGUGGUGAUGGAGGUUCAGGGCUGACGUGUCAAAACAACGACGGGACUUUUGAAGUUGCCGGACUGGUCAGCUGGGGUCUUAGCUGUGGCCUCGGUGCACCAACUGUGUUAACAAGAGUGUGGUUAUAUAACAGCUGGAUACAAGAGAUUAUUCGCAGAUAUUAAAUGUUACUCGAAUGCAUGUGCUGUACAGUGGUAAAACUUUUAUUGUAAACUUUUAAUUUUACUGUAUACUCGUAUUUAUCUUGCUGGGAGUUCGGGACUGUUAUUUCAUACUCUAGUAUUUGAUGUUUCCUGGCGGAACACCUUUCGAAAUCUUUGAUUAAUCACACGGUUUAAAGGGAAAACUGAAAUGUACAACAUGCACACUCAA